AUGAGUCGGAGGGAGAGUACGAACUCGACGACUACCAAAGCGAUAGCUCGCUCAUAUCAUUCGCGAGACGAGGAAGACCGAAGUGGUUCAGAAGAGCGAGACACCGACGAGGAGGCUCGGGCUCCAUAUUCCACGCCCCCAGAAGGAGACGCUCUCCACUCUGCAGACUGUGCGUUGCUGCUUGUUGCUGGCGUGUUCUUCCCGAGCUAUUCGGACCCACCAUUGCGCUACCAUGAGUUGCGACAUCGUGUGCUAGAACGAGGAGAGACGGCGAAUGUGCAUAAUGAGAAGAUCUUCAUUGCCGCGAGUUUAUACGACAAGGAGGGCGAGAUUGUGUCCGGACAGUGGGGCCAAUCGGUGCUACACCUCAUCAAUAUCCUGGGGCCGGAGAAUGUCUUCCUGAGCAUAUACGAGAAUGACCCGGACCCAUUGGCGCGCGCCGUCCUCGAUUCGUUCGCUCAAAAUGUGACAUGCGCAAAGGCCAUUGUGACGGAACAAUUGGAUCUGAGCAAGCUCCACCACGUCUCGACGCCCGAUGGCACGCAACGACUGAAGAGGAUCGAAUUCUUGGCCGACGUUCGCAAUCGUGCUCUCCGACCAUUGGACGAUGUCACGUCGCCAGCGCACAGCACUCGUUUCGAUAAGCUACUGUAUCUCAACGAUAUCGUGUUUGACCCGAUCGAUGCUGCGAAUCUGCUGCUCUCAACGAAUGUGGACGAGACUACGGGCAGGACUCAAUAUCGAGCAGCUUGUGCCACCGACUUCAUCAUGCCAUUCAAGUUCUACGACACCUUUGCGACUAGAGACCUCGAAGGCUACGAUAUGGGCGUGCCCUUUUACCCGUGGUUCACAGGAGCGGGCAAAGCAGAAAGCAGAAAGGACGUGCUUGCCCAGAAGGAUGCGGUGCGGGUGAGGAGUUGUUGGGGAGGCAUGGUUGCUUUCGAGGCGAAAUGGUUUCAGAACGGCGGCUCGCACGGCAUAGGGCAAAGUGCCGCCUUAGCAUCUAAUGGUCUGCCCAAGGCACAAGCCGCCCAUGCGAGCUUCCACACGGAUCCGCGUGACACACACAUUGGUGCCAUGGAGAUGGACACGCUCGAAUCCCCGCUGCGCUUCCGUGCAGUUCACGAUACCUACUGGGACGCGUCGGAGUGUUGUCUCAUUCAUGCGGAUCUCUCUGCUAUGGAUCCCGCCUCUCUGCCGGCAAACGAAACUGGUGUCUACCUGAAUCCGUACAUUCGGGUGGCGUAUUCCAGCUCAGUCCUGCCCUGGCUCAGCUUUGUCAAGCGAUUCGAACGUCUGUAUACACCAAUCCACACGAUCGCGGACUGGAUUGCAAGACGUCCGUCGUUCAACCCGCGACGACUACAGAUCCCAGGGGAAGAGGUGGUGGAUCAAGUGUGGACAUGGGACGCGGAGAGUCUAGAGGCCAUUCGCAAUGGUAUUGACAAGUCGCAUUCCAGCCUUAAGGGCGAAUACAAGGAGGUGCAUCGCAUUGCUCUCCCAGGUGGCUUCUGUGGGAGGAAGAGUUUGCUCUUCAUUAACGAGGACCCUUUGAGCGGGUCCGACAAGAAGUGGGGAUCUGAAAAACUUCCUGUGAGAUAG